AUGGUCAGUGGUGACGCCGUCACCGGCGCUCCUUCUGGCAGUACUUCCAUCAACCUAUGUGAUGAUCCCUCAGAUCUGAGGGAGAUCAUCUGUCUCAAUUCAACGAUCGUCAUCAUGAAGAUUGGGUACAGCAUCGCUGUCCAGGGUAGAGACGACGUAUACGUGAAGAUAGCGAAGGAUGCGCUCGAGGGAGUUGUAGAAGGCAUGGUCCCGGGGAGGUUUCUUGUCGAAUUUCUCCCGUUCCUUCGGCACGUCCCCCCUUGGUUUCCGUUCGCGACCUCACAGAGACCGUGGGCGAAGUGGCAGGCCGCAGGCGAAAGACUCAAGAACACGCCGUUUGAACAAGCGAAAGCGAAGCUGGCAUGUGACGGUCAUUUGUCAGCCAAUGGAGAGGCUACACAGUCCAUCCCAGCGAAGUCACUCCAAAGGCUUGCCAAGAUGGGUGUGUCGCCACUAGAAGAGGAAGAGAUUCUGAAUAAUGUGGUGGCAGUGGCUUUUGAAGCUGGCACUGACACAGUGUUGUCCACGACGCUAUCUGUGUUCUCUGGCUUGUCGCUCCAUCCUGAGGUGCUCGCGAAGGCACAUGCGGAGCUGGACGAAGUGGUCGGCCCCCAUCGCUUGCCAGAUUUCAGUGACAAGGAUUCGCUUGUCUACAUCAACGCAAUCAUCAAGGAAGCAAUGCGGUGGCAUACGGUGCUGCCCAUGGGUCUUCCACAUGCGACCGUUGCUAAUGACGAGUUCCGCGGAUACUUCAUCCCUGCUGGGACGAUGGUUAUACCAAACACUUGGGCAUGCAUGCACGAUCCCGAGGUGUACGAAGAUCCAGACGUCUUCCGACCAGAACGAUUCAUCCGCAAUGGGAAGUUGGAUCCGACAGUGCAUGAUCCCACGGCGUUCAUCUUCGGUUUUGGUCGAAGGCACAUCUCUCUCCCAGGUUGUGUUGCCAUGUUGUGA